UUGACCGUCCUUGAAUUUUUACUGUUAUAAGUUAUUUCAUUUCAAUCGCCAUUUCGUCAUACAUUUUAUGUGAAUUAUGUGUAAAGUUCGAGUGAAAAACGUUUAUAGUGAAUAAUUUGCGAAAAAUUUACGCGUUGUUGUUAUAUCGAGACCACACCCGUUUUAGUUUCGUCUUCGUUAGUUCAACAUGUAUCUGAAAACUGCGAUAAGUCGCGCGUACUAUCGGUAUAUCCUUCUGUGGCGAAAAAACGCCAAUCUUCUUCCGCAAACACAGGGUGUCAAUAUUUUCACCAAAGAACGAGCUCUAAUUGAAGAUGGUAAACGAUUGUUACCAUCGGCAGGAAGAACUACUGAAUUGAAAGGUAUCCAGACUAGAUACGAUUACGCUCGUCGUUUGUUAGUGGACGGUGUUUUGAAAAGAGUCACCAAUAGCUUAGCUUCCGAUUUACGGCGUAAAUGUGUUCGUCAGCAUAACAACGGAAACCCUUCAGCUUUCUUCGCCUUGGUUGGUACAAGUUUGGCAUCCGGUACCGGUGUAAUCACAAGAAACGAUGAAUUGGAAGGCGUUUGUUGGGAGAUCAGGGAAUCUAUCCGUCGUAUGCGAGCUAACUUAUUCGAAGCGGAGAAUCGCGAAUUCGAAGAUGAAUUUUCUCUCAGUUCGUUGGAAUUCGGUAAAGUUAUCGCCAAAGGAUGCAACGCUGUGGUUUACGAAGCUCGAGAAAAAACCAAAGACGAUAACGAACAGAUGCCCAAGGAGUAUCCGUUAGCUGUAAAAAUGAUGUUCAAUUUCGACGCAGAAAGUAACGCUUCAUCUAUUCUGAGAUCUAUGUACAGAGAAAUGGUCCCAUUACAAAAUGUCACUUUGGAUAAAAACACGAUUGGAUUCUGGGAAAAUGAGAUGGCUGAAAGAAUUCAACGUUUACCGCCUCAUGUUAAUAUCGUCGCUAUGUACCGCUCUCUUACAGACUACGUACCCGAUUUACCGAGUGGUCGAACUUUGUAUCCUGACGCGUUACCAAUGCGUUUAAAUCCCGAAGGUUAUGGACGUAAUAUGAGCUUAUUCCUGGUCAUGAAAAAAUAUAAUACCAACUUGAGACAAUAUCUUAUCGAUAAACCACCAGAUAUUCGAGACGGUAUUCUUUUGUUGACUCAACUACUCGAAGCGGUCACGCAUAUGAACCGUUGUGAAAUCGCCCACCGUGAUCUCAAAAGUGACAAUAUUCUUCUGGAUACUUCAGAAGGAGAAAAUAAUUGCCCUACUUUGGUUGUUACUGAUUUUGGAUGUUGUUUAUCUGAUCGCUAUUACGGUUUAAAAAUGCCAUACAGAACACCGGAUAUGGAUCGGGGUGGUAAUGCCGCGUUAAUGGCGCCUGAAGUUGCCACUGCUCAAGCUGGAAUGUUCUCAACGAUUGAUUAUUCCAAAUCAGAUAUAUGGACUGUGGGUACAUUAGCGUAUGAAAUAUUCACCGGGAUGAACCCUUUUUACAAACAAAUUACCAAAGAGCAAGGAACCGUACUACGUAAUACCACCUACACCGAUGACAUGUUACCCGAGUUACCUGCUGAAGUUCCAUCUCUAAUUAGUCGACUUGUUAGGAAUAUGUUGGCAAAAAAUCCAGCAAAAAGACUGGAUGCUGAAACAGCAGCAACGAUAUGUCAAUUAUAUUUAUGGGCCCCUAGUCAAUGGAUAUCGAAAAACCAAUUGCCAUCCAGCAGUGAGAUUCUGCAAUGGUUGUUAUCAUUGACGACCAAAAUCCUCUACGAAGGACCAAUUUUAUUCCAUAAACGUGAUUCGCAACGUAAACGCGCCUCAGUCACCGAAUACCAAUUAAUCGCCACAUUUCUACAACGCGUUAAACUGAAAGUAAUCAGUAAAGCUUUAAGUUGGAUACAGGAGGAGAUUUAAAGACUGUUAAUCAUCACUUCGUUUUAUUCAACGUCACCGAUUCCAUCACCAUCGAAUGAUUGCCUUCGUAAUUUGAUCAGGUUUGCCGAGAUUUUGCUUCUGUUUUAUGUGAUUAGCACGAGUUUCAGAGUAUUUUACGUGUCUUAUCGUUGUAUUUUUUUGUCAUCGGAGUAUUUCAAGUAUCCGCUAUCGUUGCGAUUAUUUUCACCCGCACUUACUUUCAUUUUUUAGUUUUAAGAAUCUUGUACUCUCACUCUCUCCCUCUCUUUCGUUUACAACGUGCUUUUCUCAGGGGAAAUUUUUUCAUUGGUAUUUUUAUCAAUUUUUCAUCUUUACAAAAUAACCGUAUGCGGUUUGAUUUUUAAUUGGGAAAAUCAUCGAGAGCGUAUGAAUUAUGUAAAUGUGUUACUCAAGGACUCUUGGAGGAGAAUCUUUUUCGGCGAUUUUUUUGUAUCUUUCUUUUUGAACAUCACUCAAUGGCUCUACCGAUGCGUAGUAUUGAGUAAAAAAACUUGUUUGCAAACUCUUAUACAAUAUGUAUCAGUCUGAAUAAAAAAUUCGAUGAUGUAAUUUUGAGGAUUGCGUUUUCAAUCUUCAAAACAUUUCUGACACGAGAUCUUGCCAUACUCUUACUAAUACAUCGUUGAAAAUAUACUACACAGUCGCUAGAUACUCAAGCGAAAAUUGAAAGUCACAUCAUAUAAAUCAAUAAAAUGAUAAGGGAAUAUUGAAACUUGAAUUUCUCAGUUUGGAAAUUUGUAACUGGUUUGACAUUGGGAGUUACAGCCCGUUUACAUGUAUAACAUUUCCCAUUCUCUGCGCUUUUUAUAGCGCACAAUUUACAGUACACAUUUUGGCAUAACAACGAAAAGCUUUUCAAGUUGUUGCAGCAAAUAUGACAGAUAACCUUUUUUUUCCUGUGUAACAAAAAUAUAAAAAUCUAAAUACCUAUAGGCAUAUGCAAUACCUACAGUAGGUUAAUUGGAAACAGAUACAUACCUCGGAUGAUUACGAAAUUUCCAUAUUGGGUGACAGUGGAUUGUUGGUUGGUAACAUCAUGAAUUCGAUAUAUCUGUGCACUUCCUCUUUCGGGAUCCACUUCGCGACGAUUGAGUGGUCAUUCAUCACAAUGAAUGCCUCGCAUAACCUUCCUUCCUUCAUUUCUUCUUUCCAGUUUACUUUUGUCAUCGAAACUGAUCCCAAAGUGAUCGGCGAUUUGUUUGUUCCGGUAGCUAAAGUAAAAUAGGAUUAGAAGAUUUCGAACUAUCCCUAGGUGUAAGGGUGUUUGCAUAUUGUAAUAUGCAAUUUGUACCCUUACAGUCUUAUGCAAUAGUGGUAUGUUCAUAAGCUAUUCCCGCAGAUUGUGCAGAAUAAUAAUUUACCUGCAACCAUUAUUUUGACAAUAGGUUCUACAAAAAAAAAAGGCAGUUUUAUAGUCCGGCUGUAGUACAAAAAUAAUACAACUAACUAAACAUAGAUACAAUAUUGUCUAUCGUGCUGUACUACCUUCCAACUAGAAGAAGGGAGCGGAUGUUUCCUGGAAAAUUUUUCAAGGUGUUUGUUCACUAGCCUGGUAGGCAUUUGUAAUAUUUAUAUGAUGAACCAAAUUUCCAAACGUGCAUACCGAAAAAUGGUUAGGCGGAUUCAUAUUGAUUAAAGAUUAUCAUAAAAUUCCAAAAUUAGCCUGGUAUUUGUAAUAUUUAUAUGAUGAACCAAAUUUCCAAACUUACAUACCAAAAAAUGGUUAGGUGGAUUCAUAUUGAUUAAAGAUUAUCAUAGAAUUACACAAUUAGCCUGGAAUUUGUAAUAUUUAUAUGAUGAACCAAAUUUCCAAACUUACAUACCAAAAAAUGGUUAGGUGGAUUCGUAUUGAUUAAAGAUUAUCAUAGAAUUACACAAUUAGCCUGGAAUUUGUAAUAUUUAUAUGAUGAACCGAAUUUUCAAACUGACAUACCAAAAAAUGGUUAGGCAGAUUCAUAUUGAUCCAUAAUUAUCAUAGAAUUGCAAAAUGAAAAAAACUAAAGCAGGCUCUGAAACAUGCUCUUGCUUAUCUUUGUUGUUUACUUCAAAUAACAAGCAUAAUUUCAAUAAUUCAUCAUACGAGUAAUUGGUCUGCAUAAAUCUUCUCUCAGCAGUCAACUCACAGAAAGAAUACAGUUCCAUAACAGGAAUUAUAAAACAAUUAUGUUUUGCCUCAUUUUCAAGGAGCAGCUUCAAACCUCAGAAUAAAUUCAGCAACCAAUUCAGAAGCUUUGUUAGAACAUAAAUCUUCAAGCUGUUUUUUGAAGUUGAACAGGUUGAAUUUAUCUCAACUUUCCUAAAUUUCCUAAUUUUUGUUAGGGUCUCAGGGGGGUCUCAGAUGUUAACAAUUUUGUUAUGAUAGCUAGUAUCAAUUCUAUUAAUGACAUGUGGAGGAGAUAUGCUGGGCAUACUUGUGGCAUUUACAUAACUGAACCUGAUGCCACUACCUGGCUCAAUGAAACAUUCAGAUGCUUGGUGCUUAUUGGCUCUGCCAUUGGAACAAUAAUCUGUACCAUAUUUGAAAUUUGGAAAACUUCCUCAAAUUUGAAAAAUUUCUUGAGAAUAUUCUCACUUCAGGAAUGGAGAAAGGGAGAUAUAAUCGAACCUGUGCACAUUUAAAAUGAUUUAUUCUCUCUAAUAGAGAAGUUUACAUAAAAACUGAAAAAUUAAGUUGUGGAAGAUUUUGCAAUCUAAUCUUUCCAAACAUAAAAUUAUAUAUUAUUCUUGAUUGAAAGCAAUGAGUUUAGAAUGAAUCAACUUUUAUUUUAUAACCUACUCCUGUCUAGUUGAGGAAUCUCUUCUCAAUUUGUGUAGCCAAUAAAACCAUUCAAAUAGGCACUUUUGAGUGAUGUGAUGAUCAGGUUUAAUUAAUUUACUUACAAAAAAAAAAAAAAAAGAAAACUCAUCAUAUUAGUUUUAAUUCAACAUUUUUUUAGUUUUUAUGUACUACAUACUUACAUAAAUGUAUUGUAAUUUGUAACAAUCUUUUAAUAUUACGUACAUCAACUUUGACUGGUAUGUCUAUAAUGUGAACGCCUACUGUAGAUAAUUUGACAAACAGAUAAGCGAUUUCCACCAAACUGCUUGUUUCAAAGCGCUCAAUUGGCGUUUUUUAAAAUAAUGUGGUGUGAUUGCUUCAUAGAGCAAUGUGCAACUUUGCUUAUCUUGCAAAGUUGUGCAUCACAAUUUCCCAUAUCCUUGGGUAAUCAAAUUAUAUCUCAGAAUAAAAUUAUCCUACUCCAGUUUGCUUUACAACAAAAGUCUGAUUUGGCGAUUUCCAGUGCCACAAUGAUAAUACAUUUUAUCACAAAUGAAUGAAAAAUGUCAAGUAGGUGUUCAGUUUCAAAGAACAUGAAUUCAAAGAACAAAAAUUAUUAAAUUAUUUUUAUUACUUCUUCCAUGAAUAGAAUAACAUAUAAAAAAUCUUUUUAAAAAAAGAUUACCUCUUAUUAUAUUGCUGAUAUAUUUGGCAUUGGGAGUUACAGCCUGUUUAUAUGUGUAGCAUUUCCCACUCUCUGCGCUUUUUAUAGCGCACAACUUACAGUACAUUUGUCGACGUGACAAUGAAAAGCUUUUCAAGUUGUUGCAGCAAAUACUGAUGACAGAUUACUUGUUUUUUCCUGUUUGUAACAAAGAAAAUAAAAAUCUAAAUAUAGGCAUAUGCAAUACCUUCAGUAGGUAAAUUGUAAACAGAUACAUACUUCGGAUGAUUGCAAAAUUUCUGUUCAGACAUUAGCAGUCUGUUGUAUUCUUAGCAAAUUAUCAACAUCAAUAACAGCAACAGAAGUAUGUUCACAAGCUAUGCUAUACUUGCAGAUUGUGCAGAAUAAUAAUUUACCUGCAACCAAGAGGCAGUUUUAUGGUCAGUCUGUUCUUGGAAAAUAAUACAACUAACUAAACAUAGAUACCAAUUAUCUAUCUACUUACUGUGCUGUACUUUUUCUAGAUGUUUGUUCACUAGCAUGGUAUUUGUACAUAAUAUUUAUAUGAUGAACCAAAUUUCCAAACAAACAUACCAAAAAAUGGUUAUGCGGAUUCAUAUUGAUAACGAUUAUCGUAGAAUUACAAAAUACGAUUCCUGGUGCCACAAUAAUAAUAGAUUUUAUUACAAAUGAAUAAAAAAUGUCAAGUAGAUGUGAAAUUUCAAAGAAUAGGAAUGAAAAGAAAAUUGUGAAAUUUCAAAGAACAGGAAUGCGAAAAAAUGUGAAAUUACAAAGAAAAAAAAUAAUUAAAUUAUUUUUAUUAUUUCUUUUAAUGAAUAGAAUAACAUAUAAAAAAUAUUUUUUAAAAGAAAUGUGAGUUUCUCUAAUUUUCGUGCAAUUUGUUGUAGAAAUGAAGUGUUUUGAUAGAGAAUAUGUGCAUGAUUACUGCAGAAAAAUUGUUCCUUGGAAUAAUCUCACACUUUUCAGCACUUACUAUAUGAAAAUUAUAAGGAAUGAAUUGUAUUCAUAUUCAACCUUAACGUUGUUUUCUGUGUCAUCAGUACCAAGCUCAUUCAGUUCUUCUGGAUGAACUCAAAAAAAAUUUUCUGAAUGCUUUGGUUGUUUUUUUAAAAAAAAUAUUAAUUAAAUGUAAUUUUAGCAAUUUUAAUAUCAUCACCCAUUCUUCUGCGUUUGAAAUUUUAAUAUGGUUAGGUUUAUAAAUGUUAAAAAAUAUCUUUCAAAUUUUUGAAUUCAUUAGUAAUGACUUUUGAUGGGAUCGAAUUCAAACUACCAUCCUUGAUUUUAGAUGUUUGCAUAUUAUAUGUUACCGUUAAAGUAUUUAUGCCAGUUCAUGUAUGAAAUAACUAGUUAUUUCAUACAUGAACAAAAAAGUGUGAAAUCAAAUUUUCUUCUACAGUUUACCUAGUUAUUUCAUACAUACACGAGGUGUGUUUAGUUGAAGUGUGAAUUCAAUGAAUGAACUGCGAUAAAGUAAGAAAUGAAGGUUAAUUCAAAGCUACAGCAUAUAUGAAGGGUAAAUCCACUUCAAUUCGACCAAGAAAUGGUAAGGGUUGGCCAUCAUUUUUAAAUUUUUCCAGUGGAAAGACUUUCCAAAGGGAUGAUCAAUGGCGCAAAUCGCAGCCCUCUAGCCCUUAUAGUUUUCAGUGAACUUGAAAUAUCAUCCAUUUCAACAGUAGAUAACUCCAUAACUGCGAUACCUACCAAAAUGGAACUUUUUCCCAUAGUUAGGGCUUUGAAAGCCUUUUUUGGUGAUAUCAAAGGUUAUAUCAUAAAAAUCAGUGUUGCCCUUUUUUUUCGUAUGAAAAAUCAGCUCGAAAAGUUUCAAAACGUAGUUUUCAUAUCAUUCCAACUCUCAAAAAUGCUGAAAAAAAUAUAUUAUGGACAACUUUUCAUGCUAAGCAACAUACUAAAAAAUUGGGAUGGCAUUAUGUCGUAAAGUCGAUUUUAAAAAAUUGAAAGUUUGCGAAAAAUGUGAUUUUUUAAAUUAGAACAUGAAAAAAAGUGUUGACUGGUGAAGUUGACCCACUUGACUCCCUAUUUUUACGUAUCCGUUGAAAAAGUUGAAAAAAUCCCUUCACUUGAUGAAAAACUCACCACAAAAAUAUUUUCAACAGCUCAUUUCAUGAUUUAACUGAUCACACAUCGCUAUUUCAUGGAAUAACUAGAUUAUUCAUACAUUACCUAGGUAAACUGUGAACAAUUUACUAGCAUUAAACACUUUUUCGUUAAUGUAUGAAAUAACUAGUUAUUUCAUACAUUACCUGGAGUAAAUACUUUAACGGUAACAUAUAUACUUAAAUGAGUUCUUUCAGUAAAACACAAGUAGAAAUUUUUGUAAAAAUCUGAUGCUAUCGUGUUUGGAAUCAUGUUAGGGUUUAAUUGAUGUAACCAUUGAAAAGUUUCAGUACUCUGGUAGAAAAUUGAUGACACACCAGCCCCUUGAGAGUACAGACUUGCAAGAUGAUUAGAUUGCAUUUUACACCAGGGCUGUUAAUACGAAACGAAACGAAACGAAAGACACGAAACGAAACGGAAAAUUUUCCCUCUGGACACAAAACGAGACACGAAACGAAACGAAUCAAAAAAAUUACACGAAACGAAACGUUAUAACGAAACGAAUCAUUUCUAUUUCUUCAAUUUUUGAUUUUUCAUUGCAAGUUUUUUUGUAAAUUUCGGCCAAAUUUUGUCAAAUUCACUCAAAUUUCAUCCAUUUAAAGCCUCUAGAGGGGUUCUCCUCUUCAUUUAUUAAUGAAAAUGUCCGCUUUUCUCACUUUUUUGGCUGAAAGGAAACGAAACGAAACGACACGAAACGGCACGAAACGAAAUGAUACCACUUUUAUGGAACAAAACGAAACGGUAUAAUGAAACAGUUUGGUUCAAAGAGCUCAACCGAAACGAAACGAUACGUUUACGUUUCGUGUCUAACAGCCCUGUUUUACACAUGGUGUACACAACUUUGAUUGAUGUAAAAAAUUUGAAAAACAAUUUGAAUGACAAAAUUAAAUGAAUGAAAAAUUAAAUACUUAGCUCAAGAUUUUUUUUUUAAACAAACAAAAACCAAAAUAAUCAAGUCAAAUGAAUAUUUGACAGAGAAUUAAAAAUAAAAAAAAAUGAUAUGAACCAACAAGCAAGAAGUUGCACUUUAAUAAUGACAUAUUUUUAUUGACUGGAGCACUUAUUUUUGACGAAAUUAAGUUGACAAAGAGCAUCAUCCAGUUUGAUAAAACUUUGUUCAGGACUGUAUGGUUUGUAGAUCUCGGCUGCCAUACCCCUGAUUCAGACAAAAAUACGUAAGGUCCCAGAACAUACACUAGUUUUUUUGAAAUAAACUAUGAAAUGUUUAGUCGUAAAAAUUUAUUCGUAGGUUUAACACCUAAACACUUGCGAAGUACAAUUCAUAGCAUCGUAACUUGUGACUAACUGCUUGAUUAGUAGGAAGCCUAGGUACUUCAUGAAGUGAAUACUAUCGUACAAUUUUGUGUUUAUCAAUUUUAUUUACGCGAAUUGUUAUCGCAUAUUCAUCGUUUUGACAAAAAAAAAUUGAUUCACUUUCAUAAUCUAAAUGGCUAGUGAACGCCAUGAAAAAACGCUCGCAAUCAAAUGUUUCUUUGCAAAACUGCCUGGCUUAAACGCAGAGCGGUUCAAUUUUUAUUGAACUUUGGCAGUAAUAACGGUUUAAGGGGAAUUUAUUACUUAAAUUGAUUCAGCACAUUUUUAUUUAUUAAUUAAAUUUUAUAUAUCAUUAUGGUUAUCAGAAUCUCGGCUGCCAUACCCCUGAUUCAGACAAAAAUAAGGUCCCAGAUCAUACACUAGUUCUUUUGAAUUAAACUAUGAACUGUUUAGUCAUAAAAAAUGUAUUUGUAGGUUUUAUACCUAAACACUUGCGAAGUACAAUUCAUAGCAUUCUGGGAGAUAUGUAUUUAUAACAUUCAUAAUCUCGUAGUAAAUCUUGCUCUCCGAUUUCAUAAACUCGCGGAUUUUGUCAACGCACUCACAAAAGCACUCUGCAACUUUUUCAAAAUUGUUAUUUUUGCGAAUUCUUUUUACAAUGCAAGUUUGCCCCCGAACGUUAAUGAACUCAAGAUUUUCGGCCAUCCUCGGAUCAAACCGAACGUGGUUAUCAAUUUUUCCGGCUGGCGAUGACCUUAUUAAUGUUUCAUUUCAAGUUUGUGAAAUUUCUCCUUGCAUUUCACCUUGCAUUUUAAAAAUAUACAUUUCUAUAAGAUGGGUAAUUUUCUGAUACAUCUGUUCCCGGAUAUAUUGUACAUCUAUGGAGAAGUUCAAAUGAGUUUCAAAUGAGUAUGUUUUCGCAGACGUGGCAAAUAAAAAUCUUGGUGGUAGUAAUAUUCUUGCUCUUGCAGAUUCUGAUUGUAAUAAUCUAGAAUAAAAUAAACAUAAAUGUAAAUAUUUGAAUCAACAAAUAGGUCUCAACUAGCAUUGUUGAAUAUCCAGAUGCAUCCGGAUACAUACAAAUUAUUCAUCCGGAUCCAAAGUGUAUCCGGAUACCCGGAUUGCACUUGGAUAUGCCAAAUACAAAAGUGUGAAAAAUCCACAUAUCACUGUUUCUAGCAACUGAAAUCCUGAUACACAUAUAUAGUCAAAUUUUAGUCCAGCUUCAAUGUUGGGGUGUCUAGUACCUAUGUAUCAUGAAGAUAGUAGGUAUUAUGACAGUAUUUUUCUCAAAUUCUUCAUAGUAUUUCUGCUCAUGCGGAAAGGGUUUAUCAACAUAUCUCAGGACAAUCACCAUAUCAUGGUUUAUGUCCUGCAGUAAGAGUUACCUAUUAAUGAGUCUCUCUCUUUUGAAAUGAGCAAGAAAUUAAUGAUCUAGUUUCAUCUGGAAACUUUGAAUUGAAAAUCUAAUGUAAAAUUAAAUUCCGCCAAAUGAGUGUAUUACAGCUCUAGGCUUUAAUUCAAAAUUAACCAUAACUCAAGUACAUAUCAUUGGACUAGUUCUUUAAACUUGAAAAUUAAUGUUAAUUUUACCUAUCAACUUACUGAAGAGGGUGUCUCAAUAGGAUGUCACCCUGAAUGAAAUGGAUUUUGUAAUCAUGUGAAGUACUAGUUAGUACUAGUAUGAGGAACUACACUGAAUGAAUUGUAUUAAUAUUUAACUUCAACAUGUGAUGGUAAGAUAACUUUUUCAAGCAACUGAAAUCCUGAUACACAUAAGUAGUCAAAUUUUAGUUCUGCUUCGAUGUUGGGGUUAUUAAUAUUAUCAUAAAAAUAACGCUUAUCAGAAAAAUUUUUCUAAGCUUUUUUGGGUUGUUUCACUGUGUAGAUUUGAUGAUGGACAGAUCUAAAAAGUAUUUGAUCUUUCCCACACUGAACGAAUGUUCACUCUCUGUGAAUUUUUCACAGAGUCGAAAUUUGUGAAAUUUUAUUUCAUUUCACGAUUUUCGACAAAAUGGAAGAAUGGUUUCCGAAUGAGGAGGACCUAUGUUUCCGAUUAUAAUUGGAAGCGCACGAGGAAACAAUUAAAUUUAAUUAAAACGAAAGACAUAAUCAUUUCAUCAUUGCAUUCAACGUAUAUUAUACAUUUUUUAUAAUUUCAGAGAGUAACGUAUUUUUAAUUCUAAAGAUUAUCGCUAGGGUCGCUAGGUGGGUUUACCACACUCCAGAAGGAGAAGAGAAACGAAAAAUGAUUAAAAAUAUAAAGUAGAGAGUAAAACGAUAUAAAAGUAAAAAAAUAUGAAAAGAUUAUGAUUAAAAUAUAGAAUAACGAUUCUAAUCAAGAUGUAUGUUUGGCGUUAAUUAAUCAAAUGUUCGUUAACCCUUUUAGUUUGAAUCGCGGGUACUUAACAGAUGCCGCCAGUAGCCCUUUCCUACAGAAACUUACGUUGGUUGAUUCAACUAGUUCCUUAGGAUUCAACUCAUCAAAGUGGGUGGGCGGCAGGCAAUCUGAGGGACGCAGUGGAAGCUAAAAUGCUAGCAAUAACUUGAAAAUAAGCUAGGCACGUAAUCAAAAGCGUAUUAUAUUUAUUAAACCAGAGUUAUCUGUACUUUUAUGAAUAGGAAAAAAUUAAUGAAUUUGUAAAAAUUUUAAUAAGCAAGCAUGAAAAAAUCAAACAAAUACAAAAUGUGAAUCAAAAAUUAAUGAGAGGAAGUGGUGAUGAAAAAUGAAAAAUUGAAAAAAAAACACAAAAUGAAUAAGCCAAUUAGUACAAUAUUUACUUAUUUCAUAAUGAGAUUUUUUCUGAAGUUGAAUGAAGUUACUUCUUCGGGGGGAUGGCUUUGAUUUCGCACACAUAGCCGCGUUCCAAGUCUUCAGUAUAAACAAAAAGAAAGGGUGAUCAAUGAUCAUCGAUUCCAUAGUCCAUGGGGAUCCUUAAUAAAAAUGUUGUCGCCAAAGUGUCCGAAUUAAAUAACUUGCUUAAGUAAUUAUUGAAAAUCGAUUCGAUCAUCGUUGAUACAAGUACAUAAUUACAUUGAAUUACAAACAGAUGCUCGACUGCUCGUUUUUGGUAAUCUUUGCAUGUUACUGGUGACCUUAUUGGUCAUUAAGCUUAGAGGGAGAAAGGGAGAGAGCUCAUAGUCAUUUCUCUAUUGAUUAUUUAAAAUUGUGACAUUUUAUUCAUAAAAAAACAGAAAAAUGUUUGUAUUAUUAACUAUUAUAUUUUUCAGCCAUUAUUUAAAUGCAGAAAUCAGAUCAAGCUUUUAAAUACAACAUAUUAAUAAAUGUAACCUGAUUCUCGCUCGUGAAUUUUUAGAAUUUGUUUCGUUGGUGUGCAAUCAUAAAACGCUGUGACGUCAACUGAACAAAAUAUUAUAUUCUUUUGGUUGUCUUAUCAUAUGUAUGUAUUGUAUGUACCUAAUUCUGUACCUGUUUAUAUUUUGUAGAGGAUAUUUUUGUCCUUUGCUUAAAAUACAUGUUUGGAAUAUUGAAAGUCUGAAUGAUUUACGAUUGUAAGCAUUAUUUCAUUGUUGUAUCGUUGUUCCUAUAUGUAUUAUGUUAUGUAAAUAAAAAAUAUUUUAUUAUUACAAUAAUAAUUUCAUUGA